AUGCAGCCAGCUUGGCAGAAUGUGCCCACUAAUGGAGUUAUUACAACGCAACCGACGAAUGUUCACCCAAUCACCGGACAGAAAGAAUGGGAAAACCAACUUUGGGAUCUCCCAGACUUUGGAACUUUUGCUCUGUCCUGUUUGUGUCCAUGGGCAGUAAUGGCUAGCGUAGCAGAAGAUGUUGGAUACUCUUACUCCUGGUGCUGCUUCGCUUCUCUCUGCACUUUGGCCACAUUUCAAUGGCCUUGUCAUUGUCUGCUUGGUUGCAUAGUGCGGGGACGUGUUCGCAGGACCUUCAAUAUACGCGGUAAUCCUUGUUGUGACUUAUGUGCCUAUUGUUGCUGUUAUUCCUGUACUUUGAAUCAAGCUGCUCUGCAAGUAGAGUACGAAUUAGCGCGUGCUCGUGGCCGGCAAAACACAACGGGAUUCUCAAUCCGACUGGGUCAAAGACAAUUCAUGGUCGGAGCUCAAAAGGUUGAUCCACCUCCCAUGAUCCCACUGGUCCCCACACAACAACCUAACCCAGUGUCAACCAUGUCCAACCCGCUGACAAGUCCUCUGCUAACGCCCGUACAGGCUACUUUGCCAACAGCUUCUACGGAAGUUGGUUACACUAAUGGCACCGCACAAGUAGUACCGCAAAAUCAAACACCAGCCGAAGACAACUCUAUCCCUACACUUUCUGUGGAUAGUUAA